UUCCGUACAGUGGGGCUCUCUUUGAAAUUCCACCCCUCCGCCUUUGUUGUGCACAGCGAGGGGCGGGAAGACAAACAGGUCCACAUGUAUAAAGAGAUCAUCCCAGGACUGCGAGUCAGGCAGCUUCGAAAGCAUCGUGCCGAAACUCUCUGGAAACUUUUGGGAUUCAGAAUUCAAGGCCGCUUUGGACUUUGUCACUCAGUUCAUUUUUUCACCCACACAGAAGGGAUUCUUUUCAUUUUUCGUGUGUUUGCAACACAGAAGAGUUUUAAGUGGAGAAUCAUGCAGAUGCCGUCAGCGCACCGCUUCUUGGCUGUGUACCUCACACUGUUUGGAUACCUUGGGGACGUUUACACGGGGACCGUCCUGAUGAACUCCAACGCCAUCAAAAACUUGCCUGGUGCUUCUGGCAGUAAAGGUUCCGACACCGUCAGUCCGAGUCCGCGCACCUCUCCCUCCGGGAGCGUGGUACACAAAUUACCCGUUGACACCUUGCAGCAGGCAGGUGUUUGCACGGAUGAUGAAGACUGCGGGGGUGAUGAAUUCUGCUACGACACCCGAGGCGCCUGCCUGCCCUGCCGUAGGAUCCGGAAGCGUUGCGCACGGGACUCCAUGUGUUGUGCAGGAAACCGCUGCAGUAAUGGUGUCUGCCAGGCAAAUGACAUAGAUGGUACAGAUGCAUCCAUCACAACUGGCUUUCACAAAAACAACAACACCAUGGAGCAUCAAGCCAAGAAGCCCCCCACUGCCCAUGGCCAUCAGCCUCAUGCUGUAAAAGGCCAAGAGGGGGAUACUUGCCUGAGAUCUGCAGACUGCUCCGAGGGUCUGUGCUGUGCCAGACACUUCUGGUCUCGUAUCUGUAAGCCAGUGCUGACGGAGGGCCAGGUGUGCACGCGCCAUCGCAGGAAAGGCACACACGGUUUGGAGCUGUUCCAGCGCUGCGACUGUGGUGACGGCAUGGCCUGCAGACCAGAGAAAGGAGAGCAAGACCACAGUGUCAGCAGGACUGCAGCCCGGAACCUACACACCUGUCAGAGACGCUGACACAAACGCGUGGACGCACACAGCGACUGAGAUAUACACACACCUACACACACACCCAGCAAACCGACAAAUCAGUCACAGACACUGACAACCACUUUUCAGCCUUGCAUACACCUGAGAUGCUGACACACAAACACUCACACACAGAGACACCCAAUACCUAAGACAUUCUUUCCUGCCUAAGUUGCUGACACAAACAGCACCCGGAAGGAUAGACAUGAUUCCUGGAAAAGUGAUACACCCAGAGGGAUGCAACAGUGCAAGACGGACUGAUCCAAUUCCCCAUCAACAGACGAGGAGUCGGAAGUUCGGAAGUGACAUUUCAGAAGUCUUGGGAAGAUCGAUUCAUGUCGUCGGUAAUGGCAGAGCUGUUUUGUUUCUCUUUUUAUGGAACUUCAAGCCUCAGUUAUUGCAGUAAAUUACUGUAUUGUAAAUAUUAUCCUGGAGGUGGCACUUAAGUGAGCUAUUGAAAUCUGUCAACACCAGUAUUAUAAAGACAUGGUGCUGCAUGCAUUGUAAAUGUGUUAUAUAUAUUGUUUUAUAAGAAAAUGUUAUAUAUAGAAAAUCUGAAUAUAUUUGUUUUAUUAAACACCAUGU